GUAGGUCCGCGCUGCUGUGCAGGUCAGAAGUGUAGCUCGACGUGCGCGGGGAACUCCACCGCACUCACAACAGACUCUCGAGGCUGUCCUCACCACUCUGCUGACUCCCACCACUACCCACUACUACUCCCUCCCACUUUUCUCGCAUCGCAAUCAGCGGGCGCGUCACUCUGUCUGCACUGCAAUCUGUCAUCAUAGCAGCACCGCUCAAUCUUCGGGGAGCGCAGCCGCCUCGCACUUCGUAGCUAUAGAUCUUCAAAAAUAUCGCCUAGGCAAACGAACCAAAACAUCCAUCUAUCUGCCUCACCUCCUCUCACCACUCAUCCUGCAAGAUCGAACAUGUCUGGUGAAGAAGUAGGAGGCGCAGUGCCCGAGGCUCAAAAGGCAUCAUGGGGCUCCUUUAUCAAAUCCAUCGCCUCCUUCUCUGGUGACCUCUCCUCCAUGACCGCACCCAGCUUCAUCCUCUCUCCCGUCUCCUUGACCGAAUAUCCUUCCUACUGGGGUGAACAUCCAGAGCUCUUUGCUGCUUGCGCUCAAGGAAGAGAUGAUGUGGAGAGAAUGACAAAUGUGCUGCGUUGGUUCAUCGGUACGCUAAAGGGUCAAUACACUUCGCGAAACACUUCCAUGGGAAGCGAAAAGAAACCGCUCAAUCCCAUUCUCGGAGAACUCUUCAUCGGUAGCUGGCCCGAGCAGAAGGGCGAAGGCGAGACCACGCUGGUAGCAGAGCAAGUCUCGCACCACCCACCCAUCACGGCCUAUCACAUCAGCAAUGAGAAAGCUGGCGUUUCUCUCGAGGGCCAUUCUGCUCAGAAGACAUCCUUCACUGGUCGAUCGAUCACUGUGAAGCAGGUCGGCCAUGCCAUCUUGAGAGUUCAAAGGAAGGACGCGCAAGGUGGAGAGGAUCUCUAUCUCAUCACCCUGCCUCAACUCAGCAUCGAAGGCAUCCUUUGGGGCGCGCCUUAUAUCGAGCUAUCAGGCGCAAACCACAUCAUCAGCAGCACAGGAUACGCAGCUACGAUCAACUAUACCGGCAAGGGCUACUUUUCCGGCAAAGCUCACUCCUUCAAGGCCAGCAUUGCGCCCACGUCCAAGCUUGAUGCAGUGCUGUACAGCGCAGAGGGAGAAUGGUCAGGCGUGAGCAAGUGGAAGAAGGCACCACCUGGCCAAGACUCGGUGUUCUGGGAUGCGAACAAUGACAGGAGAGAAGUUCAGGUGCAGCCUUUGGAGAAACAGGGAAAGAUGGAGAGCAGGAAAGUUUGGGAAAAGACGGCAGAGGGAAUCAGGAGCGGCAACUAUGAUGCUGCGAGCAAAGAUAAGAGCAGGAUCGAAAAUGAGCAAAGAACUAAGCGCAAAGAGGAGAUCGCAAAAGGGACACCUCAUCAGCUGGAGAUGUUCGUUCAUGUUCCCGAGGAUCAAGAGUUUGUCAAAUUGAUCUCUGCGGUAAGCAAGGGCGCUACGGAGGAUACUUAUAGGCGCAAGCCAAGGGUGCACUAGAGAUUCGGGACGAUGGCAGCAACCGUCGGUGCCGUGAUCCUGUUCGCGAUGCCAGGCCCCACAAACACACAUCAGCGGCCGAUUUGGCAAAUGGAAUGCGAUCGCUAGCGCACACACCCUCUACGCCCCCCCUACCAAAAGUUUCCGCUACUUUUUUCUUUUCUGAAGAAACGCCUCCAUUCCCUGGCUUGUCGUCCCCCCACCAAAUCGAAUCAUCCUCUUGCUCCUAUCCCGCGGAAAGCUGCACGUCGCCCCUCUUUCUCGUCUUGCUCUUCUUUUUUGAGAACCACAUUCGAUGGCAUAUUUCAAACUUUGACCAGUCGGCUGGAUGAGAUUUUGUCUCUCAAGCGAGAGCGUCGCAUUCGCGCGUCGAAGCUUCCUCCGACCAUCAAGCGCACAAGAUCGUCUUUUUGACUGUCGCAGUCACAGUGCACGUCGAGCAAGACAGA